AUGCCUCACUACGAGCCCAUUCCGGUCCCCGAUGCCUUGGCUAAAAUUCCCACCCCUAGCCAGCUCACUAAGGAAGAACAAGAGAAGUACGAUGCUGUUUUGAAGCAUUUUCAAGAAAUUACCACUGUGGGUCUUACUGAAAAGGACUAUAAGACCAAACGACGACCAAUCACUGAUGCUGACAAGGCCUUUUUGACUCGUGAAUGUUUUCUCCGUUACCUCAGAGCCACUAAAUGGCAAACGACGGACUGCAUCAGUCGAAUCGAGGGCACUCUUGGAUGGCGCAACGAAUUUGGCAUUGAUCCUGAGUCCAACCUUUCUGCUAAUGUUGUUUCUGUUGAGAAUGAAUCUGGCAAACAGGUUAUUCUUGGCUUCGAUAUUGACUCCCGACCCUGUCUUUACCUCAAGACUGGCAGACAAAACACAAAGCCUUCCCACACUCAAGUUCAGCACUUAGUUUACAUGCUUGAGCGUUCUAUAGAUCUUAUGCCUUCAGGUCAAGAUCAGCUUGCACUUCUCAUUGAUUUCAAAGCUAGCAAGGCUGGCACCGUCAACAAGCUUCCCACUCUUAGCAUGGGUCGCGAGGUUUUACACAUUCUCCAAACACACUACCCUGAAAGACUGGGCCGCGCCCUUUUAACAAAUAUUCCUUGGCUUGCCGCAGCAUUCCUCAAGCUUAUUCAUCCUUUCAUUGAUCCAUUGACUCGUGAAAAGCUGGUCUUUUCUGAACCUUUCCCUAAUUACGUCCCACCUAAUCAGCUUGACAAGGAAGUUGGUGGUAAUGUUGAUUUCGAAUAUUCCCAUCAGAGAUAUUGGCCAUCUCUCACAAAACUUGCUGCUGAGCGCCGCAAGAGAUAUAUGGAAAACUUUCAUGCUCUUGGUGGUGUUGUUGGCCUGAGCGAGGCUGACCUCAGAAAGGAAGUGUUAGAUAAAGCAACUGCUUACAUUCCUAAUCAAGGCUCAACACAGAAGAUCGCUCCGCCUGGACAAUUAUCUGAAGCCUCGACUUUGGUCGUGGAACCAGAUGCUGCAUCCAAGAAUACGGAAGCUGUUGAUGAAGUUACAAGUAAGUUGGAAGAUUUAAAGGUUGUUCAAGCUGAGGUUCCAGAAUCAGCAAAAAUUACUGCCAUGGCGAAUUAG